AUAUAAUAUAUUGCCAAACGUAUUGGGCCAGCCCUCCAAAUCAUUGGAUUCAGGUGUUCCAAUCACCUCCAUUGCCACAGGUGUAUGCAGACUGCUUCUACAAACAUUUGUGAAAGAAUGGGUCACUCUCAGGAGCUCAGUGAAUUCAAGCGUGGUACCAUGAUAGGUUGCCACCUGUGCAAUAAGUCUAGCCAUGAAAUUUCCUGGCUACUAAACAUUCCAUGGUCAACUAUUAGUGGUAUUAUAACAAAGUGGGAACAACAGCAACUCGAAGUGAUAGGGCACAUAAAAUGACAGAGUGGGGUCAGCACAUGCUGAAGCGUACAGUGCGCAGAAGUCGCCAACUGUCUGCAGAGUCAAUAGCUAAAGACCUCAUGGACAUGUCUGGGUUGGGCAGUUGCCAAGAGAACAGUACUUUCCUGAUUGCAUUGUUCCAAA